GCUCCUUUUCAGUUUUCUUUCUUUUGAUAACCAAAGUAUAUCCACAAACGCCGAUUGCCAUUUUCGUAAUUCCAUUUCCAAAUCCAAACACAAUUUCCCUUCAAAACAUCAAUAAAUUUUUUUUUUCUCUUUGCACAGAAAUGGCGAGUACAUGGAAAAAGUUGAAGAAAUCCCUGAUUCCGAAGAUCUCUAACCACCUCGACAACCAGCACCGCCGCCGCUCCUCCUCCUCCUCCUCCUCUUCCAGUUCCUCAGCCAACGGCAUUGCCUCUUCGCCUUCUCCUUCCUCUGUCUCUCGCUCUUCCUCUCUUCUCUCUUACAGCUUCAGUUUCCGAUCUUCUAAGAUUUGUGCAAUUUGCUUGGGAAGCUUGAAAAAGGGAGAAGGCCAGGCCAUCUUCACAGCUGAGUGCUCUCAUCCUUUCCACUUCAAUUGUAUUGCAACCAACGUGCAGCAUGGAAAUCGCAUUUGCCCCAUUUGCCGUUCUGAAUGGAAAGAUAUCCCUUCUACUGCUGAUUCCCAGUGUAAAAAUAGCAUGGGCCAAGCCCGAGUGUCUCUCUAUAAUGCUCCACUUGAAGAUACUUUUGCAUCUGGCUUCCGUCAUAAUUUGCAUCAACCAACCCUGCCUCAGUUGGAACCUGAUCGCUUUUCUGACGAUGAACCGCUUCCAGCCAUCCUUGCAGGCCCUUCAUCAUCCACUCGACCACAAGCCAUAACCAUUAAGGCAUUUCCAGAGUUUCCUGCUGUCUUGGCUUCAGAUGCUGUUUCAAAGUUUGCUAUUCUUGUUGGCAUCAGUGCUCCACCUUUUCAUGUCGAUGUUCAACAAUUUGAUCGUGCACCCAUUGACCUAGUCGCUGUGCUCGAUGUAAGUGGCAGCAUGGCUGGCAAGCUUGCCCUUCUUAAGCACGCAGUUUGCUUUAUCAUACAAAACUUGGGUCCAUCAGAUCGGUUAUCCAUAGUUACUUUCUCAUCAUCAGCUCGUAGAAUUUUGCCAUUGCGAAGGAUGGGCAGCAGUGGUCACUAUGAUGCUAUCUGUGCCAUCAAUACCCUUUCCUCUAGUGGUGGGACAAAUAUUGUGGAAGGUCUUAGGAAAGGUUUUAAGAUUCUCAACGAGCGACGUGAUAAUAAUCCCAUUGCAAGCAUUAUCCUCUUGUCUGAUGGGCAUGAUACAUUAAAUGGUGAUACUCACAGGCUAUACAGCAGUGUACAGAAUCACACUUUAAAUUCAAGGCAGAAUUUGCAGUAUCUUUACCUUUUUCCUGCUUCAAUUUUUCCUCGGAAUAAUGCACCUGGAGAUGAGUCCCGGCAGCUUACCAUUCCAGUCCACACAUUCGGGUUUGGCUCAGAACAUGAUUCCAAUGCAAUGCAUGCUAUAGCUGAUAUAUCAGGUGGCACAUAUUCCUUUAUUGAGUCUAUUGACAUUUUACAGGAUGCAUUUGCUAGAUGCAUUGGUGGUCUUCUCAGUGUUGUAGCUCAAGAUGUGCAACUGACAAUACAGUCAAUUUCUCCAGGAGUGCAAAUUGGUUCAAUUCACUCUGGGAGAUAUAAGAGUGAAAUCUUUUAUCAAGAGCAGAAAGCUGUCAUUGAUGUUGGAAGUUUAUAUGCAGAUGAAAAGAAGGAAUUCCUGGUAUACGUCGCAAUUCCAGCAUUAUCACUUGCUGAAGGCGAGAAAAAGUUAGAUAAAAUGUCAUUGAUGGAUGUCUUGUGCUCGAACAAGGAUUUAACAACAAUGGAGGUUGUUCAGUCAAGAUGCGAGAGAGUUGAGAUAAGACGACCUGAGUUUUUGUCUCCUACAGACAGGAUGGUGUGCUUGGAGGUUGAUCGACAAAGGAAUCGUCUCUUUGUGGCAGAAGCUAUUGCAAAUGCCCAAAGGAUGGCUGAACUGGGAGAUCUACAGAGUGCGCAGGUUGUGCUGUCAGAGCAAAGAAUAGCUUUGUUAUCUUCAGUAUCAGCCCAAGCUGGGAAUGGCCUGUGCAACUGGCUUGAGGCAGAGCUGAGAGAAACCAGCCAGAGAAUGGCAAACAUGCAGUUAUAUGAACAGACUGGGCGGGCAUAUGUUCUCUCAGGGUUAAGCUCACACUCAUGGCAGAGGGCCACAACUAGGGGCCACUCAACAACAAUCAUACUUGGAGAAGCUGUAACUACAAGCACUAGUGCGACAAAUAGUUAUGAAACUCCUUCUAUGGUCAACAUGGUGUCGAAAUCACAGAUUCUCAAUUAUGGACAAAGCAUGCAGCCUGAUUCAGCUCCGCCCUAAAUGAGGCUGGUGUAUAGAGUUGAGUUAAUUGUUUCACCGGCAUGGUGAGGUUGAUGAUCGUAGCAACUGAUAUGGAACUCCAAUACUGCUUUGGCGCAAUGGUUAUAAUAUUUUUAUUCCGUUUACUGGGUUUUAGCUGGUCUUACAUUCUUUUGUUUAGAAAGUAGAUUAUGUUAAGUUGGCUUUUAUAGAAGGUGCAAAUAUUGCAGCAACAGAUUCUGAUUGGUGCUUCCUUGGUUCUUUUAAGGGGUUAAUGCUCAAUUUUUUUUCUUAAAAAAAAACUUCAGUUUAAAAAUAAGUAGAGCACUCGGCUUAAGUAAUGAGUAGUAAGCGGACAGCAGGACAGCUUUUGA